ACAUGCUCUCUUCCCUUUCCUCCCAGCCCACAACCUGCUGUUCAAUUCAGCUUCGGUUUUGACAUAACUGUACAGCACUUUCCGCCAUCCGCUUUUGUGAGCCGUCAUUUCACCCCCCUGGGACUUGCUGGAUCCCCUCAGCCCCGCCAGGCCGCAGAGAUGCAAGCCAUCAAAUGUGUGGUGGUGGGAGAUGGAGCUGUGGGUAAAACUUGCCUCCUGAUCAGCUACACCACCAAUGCCUUCCCCGGAGAAUACAUCCCCACUGUAUUUGAUAAUUAUUCCGCCAACGUGAUGGUGGACAGCAAGCCUGUCAACCUUGGGCUGUGGGAUACAGCUGGCCAGGAGGAUUAUGACCGCUUAAGACCCCUCUCCUAUCCUCAGACGGAUGUCUUCCUCAUCUGCUUCUCUCUUGUUAGCCCUGCAUCUUACGAAAACGUUCGUGCCAAGUGGUUUCCUGAAGUACGACAUCACUGUCCUAGCACUCCCAUGAUCCUUGUGGGCACUAAACUGGAUCUUCGGGAUGACAAGGACACUAUAGAGAAGCUCAAGGAGAAGAAGCUGGCACCUAUUACUUAUCCACAAGGCCUUGCACUGGCCAAAGAGAUAGAUGCAGUGAAAUACCUUGAGUGCUCAGCACUGACACAGCGUGGCCUGAAAACAGUGUUUGACGAGGCAAUACGGGCAGUUCUUUGUCCACAGCCCACAAAGACAAAGAAAAGGGGGUGCAGGAUCCUCUAAGAUUUCAAACUCUGACCCCUCUCCUCUUGGAACCUUCUCGGCUUUGCUGAUGAGAAAAACACGGAAGGUUUCGGUAGUGGCUGGAUUCUUCUCCUGUACCUCUGAACACCAAACUAGACCAAGAUGCUGAAAGAUUAAUAAGUGGAUCUCCUGCAUGGUUUGUUAUUUGUAUAUAACAGCCACAAGAAGUGGAAAAGAUCUGGAGGGGGGGGGGUUAACCCCUUUUCCCCAUGUUGAUUUUUUCCCCGGUCUUAAAUGUCCCCCUAAAAUCUAUAUUUGUCAGUUGGUGGAAACAAAAAGGAUGUAUGUAUGUUUCCCCCAAGAGAGUUAACAGUAGAUCUGAAGUAAAGUUUGAGGUCAGGAAAGUGGCCUGGAGAGAUGUGUUGUGAACACAGAAGUAGGGACCCCAAAGCUGCUACUUACCAAUAAAAACCCUUUGGCAGAUCCA